AAAGGCAGCUGUGCAGAAGACAAUGCCUCGGGUGCUUCUGCUGUACUGCUUCGUGUUUCUCUUGCCCACCGAGUCCUGCAGGAGGUUAUGCCAGGCUGCCAGCAAGAGCAAGGAGCAGGUGUCCGCCAGGCCACACGGUGUAUGCGAUGGCGUUUGCUUAGAGAAGUCCUCCUGCAGCCAACCUUGCCCUCCAGACACUCAGGGGAAUAUGGGGUUUUUAUGCAGGCAAAAGAAAUGGCACAAGAUCACUGACACCUGCCGGACUCUUACUGCCUUCAACAUCUUCGAGGCAGGUGAAUAUUCCAUUCAACCAUCUGGAGGGACGAAAAUAACUGAAUAUGCCAACAAGAAGUCGGAGACCAUUACAGACGUGUUGAUGCGGAAGUGCCCGCGGGAUUUGUCCUGCGUGAUCAGGAACAUUCAGCGGUCUCCCCGCAUCCCGGGGAACAUCGCGGUCAUCGUGCAGCUGUUACGCAACAUCUCCACUGUGCUGACGACAGACGUCGACGAGGCGAAGAUGCAGAGUUACAGCAUCAUGGCCAACCACAUUCUUAACAGCAAAAGCAUCUCGAACUGGACCUUCAUCCCAGACAGGAACAGCAGCUGGGUCCUGCUCCACUCAGUCAAUUCCUUUGCAAGAAAGUUGUUUAUAAAUAAACAUCCCAUCGACAUAGCGGAUGUGUUCAUUCACACCAUGGGCACCACCAUCUCCAGAGACGACACUGGAAAGAAUUUCUCUUUUUCCAUGAGAGUUAAUGACACAGGCGAUGAGGUCACUGGGAGGGUGUCGAUCAGUAGAGAUGAACUUCAGAAGAUGCCUUCUCCUUCUAAGGCCAUCAGCAUUGCCUUUCCAACUCUCGGGGCCAUCUUAGAAGCCAGUGUUUUGGAAAACGUCACGGUGAAUGGGCUUGUCCUGUCUGUCAUUCUGCCCAAGGAACUUCAAAGAAUCUCACUGAUUUUUGAAAAGAUCAGCAAGUCAGAGGAGAUGAGGACGCAGUGUGUGGGCUGGCACUCCCUGGAGAGCAGAUGGGACCAGCAGGCCUGUCAAAUGAUUCAGGAGAACUCCCAGCAAGCAGUUUGCACCUGUCGGCCAAGCAGGCUGUUUACCUCUUUCUCCAUUCUCAUGGCACCCCACGUCUUGGAGAGUCCGAUCCUGGUUUACAUCACGUACAUCGGCCUGGGUAUUUCUAUUUGCAGCUUGGUCCUUUGCUUGUCCAUCGAAGCCUUGGUCUGGGGCGAGGUGACGAAGACAGAGAUCUCGUAUUUACGCCACGUGUGCAUUGCUAACAUCGCGGCCUCCUUGCUGGUGGCUGAUGUGUGGUUCAUCGUGGCUGCCUUUCUGAGUGGUCCAGCCACGAGCCACAGCGCAUGUGUGGCAGCAACGUUUUUUGUUCACUUCUUUUACCUUUCCGUGUUUUUCUGGAUGCUUGCCAAGGCACUCCUCAUCCUCUACGGAAUCCUGAUCGUUUUCCAUACGCUGCCCAAGUCGGCCCUGGUGGCCUCUCUCUUCACGGUGGGCUAUGGCUGCCCUUUGGUCAUCGCGGCUAUCACGGUCGCUGCCACUGAGCCCGGCAAAGGCUACCUCCGGCCAGAGACCUGUUGGCUCAACUGGGACAUGACCAAGGCCCUGAUGGCCUUUGUGGUCCCGGCUCUGGCCAUCGUGGUGGUCAACCUGGUCACAGUCACACUGGUCAUCGUGAAGACCCGGCAAGCGGCCGUCGGGAGUUCCAUGUUCCAGGAGGUGAGAGCCAUCGUGCGGAUCAGUAAGAACAUAGCCAUCCUCACGCCGCUCCUGGGCCUGACCUGGGGAUUCGGAAUAGCCACGGUCCUGGAUGACCACUCCCUGGCCUUCCACAUCAUCUUCUCCCUGCUCAACGCCUUCCAGGGCUUUUUCAUCUUGGUGUUUGGAACAAUCCUGGAUCCCAAGAUAAGACAAGCUUUAAAGGAUCGAGUAACCUCUGCAAAAUGGAUCUCCAGGACAUCAGAGAACCUUUCUUCUGACUUCUCUCGUCACCCCACCAAAGGGCCAAGCUAACAAACCCGGCCACACUCCUAACUUGGGAGGUCAUACAUCCCAGGGAUGGCGGAACCCCCAGGAGAAAUACGCUGAUUCCUGUCUCCUUGCCUCUGGGGAUUGUGAUGGAAACCUCCCACUCAGUGGUGCUGAUGGAGGAGCAUGUGAAGCAUAAAUACACGAGGAUGGACGGCCCCCUGUCUGAGCUGUGCUGCGCUGCCACAUGUAUCUCCCCCACCCUCCGUCUCUUGUGUAUAUCGUCCUGGGCAUCUUCAAGGGGACGGCAGGACUUUGGUCUUGUCGGGGCCUCCAGCUCCGCACGGUUGGAUCAUGUUCAUCCUCGGGAAGAGAGCUCUGGCUCUUCGUGGCAAUGGUGGCCCGCGAUGUCACCUGGCUGGAUUCUGUGGGUUGCUGAGGGAGGGCCCUCGUGAAUAGUCACCAACAGUUGGGCUGACUCUAAGUAGGUCAUUGCUGGUUCUUUGGACAAAAGGAAUCCAACUGUCAGUACGUUCCACCCUCCAAAUUUAAAUUGAUUGCACAGUGGCCUGGCUUGGGCUCAGAUGCAACUUCUUUGGCUGUGAGCCAAGUGAAAAGCGUAGCGCUUUUGAACCAGAUGUUCACGUGAAGAAGACUGAAGCCUAGAUCGAGGCUUGAGCCAAAGGCAGAAACCCCAGUCCGCUGGCUCCCAGUCGUGGACUUUCUCCUCAAGACCGUGGAGCCACUGACGGCCGCCCUGUCUGCUCAGUGUCAGAUCAACCCCCACCAACAACAUGAUGUUUUGAAACCGGCGCUGAGGAAGGAGAAAUAUCGUAUUUCAAGUAAUGAGCCACUCAUUUUCUUAACCUUGUAUGUAAACAAAUUCAACAUUCAAACCAGGAGCCACCUGAUAGAAGAACAGUAUUAUAGGUAAAAGCCCUUCUAGAAAAAAAAAAAACUCGUUUAUAAAGCAAGCACACAGGCAGAUGCAGUGGAAGAAAAUUAGUGGAUAAAGGAAAAGAGGCCACAUGUAGUCCCUCGUUAUCCUACCAAGAAGCCAGUAUUAAUGAUGUUACCUUACAAAUGGGACAGUGAGACUGUCCAUGAGAUUUGUCAAUGAGCGGAGUCUCAUUCUCCCUUAUUUUUUUUUUUUUACGACAAAAACUUCCUCUAAGUAGAGAAGUUUGAGAAAGCGAAAAUAUAAUAAAGAGGUCAAUGGGAAAGUAGAAAAAUGCACCAACCUGGAGAACGAGCCAUCUUUUCAGUGGCUUUGCUCAUCUUGGGUCAAUUGUAUCCUUUUCAAGUGAAGUCAGAAAGGUUUUAGUUUCACAUUUCCCAGUAUAUGUGUAGACUCUCUUUAAGGGAACGGAAUGGGAUGGACACAGUCCUGGUUUUCUCAAUGCAGAGAUUUCAGGAUGAAGACAUGUCACUUAUCCAGAGUCAUUUUAUCAAAGGGAGGAUAGAAUCUCAUGGAGCUAAAUGGCUAUAGCUGUUCAUUUAUUAGAGUAUCUGUGAGUUCACGCACACACACACACACACACACACACAAACCCACACACAAACACAAGCCAGCACACUGCCAUCGCCAACUGCAUGAGUUUGGGUGAGACACUCUCUCACGGGAGCUAGUUCAUUGCAUCUAAAUAAAAGUAUGAAGCACUGGGUUCAGUCUGUUUCACAGCAGGGCUAUCGGCCAGCAAAAGUUGCUGAACGAUCUUUUCAUUCAGUGUUACCAGAGUUGUGAUACACAGUUCCCUGUCUCAGAAGGGGUGUACGUCAUAGCGCAGACGUACACCCAGAGCGCCAUCGGAGCUCUGCAUCACCUUUUGCCUUCUCUGUGAAGUCUUCCCUGAUCAGUCCAACCAGAAGUGCUAGUUCUCCCCACCUGAUUUCCUAUAAUAUUUAUCACCUGUGCUGUUCACGUCACAGCCAACAUUUACUAUGUAAUAUUCUGUAUUUACUUUUACGUUUUGUUGUUGUUGUUGUGGGCAUGUAUUUUCUUUCCCAGAUAAGACCGUAAACCUUUGGGGACAGGAUUACUCAUUUUUAUUACUCUGUCUGUCACUCACGUUUGUAUGUCCAAAGAACAGAACAGAGUACCUUGUGCAUAGAAUAUGUUCAAUAAAAUCCUUUGA